AUGAGUUUCGGCCUGGUGGAGUUGUUAACUCGCGUGAAUACCAUACCUUUAGAUCUAAUAAAAUGGUUGUUUAAGACCCGUGAGAACCCUUCGGGAGGAUUAGACCUACCUUUGGACUCGCGUGUGUUGGCGAUGUCCGUGUUCGGCGACUACUUCGACUCAGCCAAGAAACGGCCGCCCAUGAACGAACGAUGCGUCACCAUGUACCUCUCAAACCCGCUUUGGGCCGAACGAUACGCGGAGAAGCUAAGCCAGGAACUGGCUGCGGAAGUCGAGGUGUUCAAAACUGGUCUGGACCUAGAUCUUGCCUUGGACCUGAAAAGGGACCUGAAAAGGGACCUGAAAAGGGACCUGAACGAGGACAUGGAAGACGCUACUGACGGUGAAGCCCCUAAGGGACAAGCCACUGACGGUGAAGCCAUUAAGGGACAAGCCACUGACGGCGAAGCCCCUAAGGGACAAUCCACUGAGAGUCCUUGGAUUUCAUUGGUAUCGGCUCCCGAGGAAAUAGCUGAGAUGACGGAACAGCAGCUGGAAUGUUUAUUGUAUUUGGGCCGGGCUCCGAACAGAAUACCCCUGGGUCAGGUGUACGGCCGGGUCUACUCCAGUUUUGGGCGUCCUCUAAUUAAUGACAUUGCACAGGCCUUUUGGGGCGGGAAGACGAUAGUGAAGACGCAGUGUGACGACGGAAGUCCGUUGUACGUUAGCUGCAACCAACUGGGACUCGGAACUGGCGGCUUCGCCCACGUUACGCUGGGCUACAGUCCCACCAAUCCCUUCAUGGGCGUAUAUCCCCCCGAGGUGAUCGACACCGACCAAUGGCUUUGGAUCGACUACACCGAGGAUUUCGGGAAGCUCUGCCCGCCGAAAAUUCCGAGACAUUACAUGAGCACCAACACCACCCUUCCCGACAUGCUUUCCAGCCGCGCUAUGCCGCCCAACAUGAUGCCACCAGGUUUUCUGGCGCCGAAAAGGUUCGUGGGCUCACCCAAAAAGGGAAUGCUGGUCCCAGCCCAUCUCUCGGCCGGGAUUUUUGACAACGCGUGGCCUGGUAGGCUGGUGGUGGACCAGGGACGUUGGAUCGGAAGAGAUCGCGAAAUGGGCACUGAUAUAUAUUUAUUCAAAUCCAUGCUCGUCUUCCCCGAAGGGUUGCGACCCGUGCUCUGGUUCAACCUCAAAUGCGCCGACUUGCUUGACAUCCCCAACAUCAAAUACAGAAACGAGUCGCCGGAAUGA